AUUUCCCUCUCUUUAAAUUCCCAUAACACCCCCACACUAUAAAACCAACCCUCACUAUCACUUCUUCAUAUUAAACCACUUUCUUCUUCUAACACAAUGAGAACUUCUUCUUCUUCUUCUUCUUUGGAGUGUGUUGAAGGCCCAAUCAUAGUCGGAGCAGGACCCUCCGGCAUAGCCGUAGCUGCCUGUCUAUCUCGGUACUCCAUUCCUUCAAUAAUCUUAGAGCGAAGCGACUGCAUCGCUUCGCUUUGGCAAAACAAAACCUACGACCGCCUCAAACUCCAUCUCCCUAAAAAUUUCUGCCAACUCCCACUAAUGGGCUUCCCACAAACCUUCCCAAAGUACCCAACCAAGUACCAGUUCAUCUCCUACAUGGACUCCUACGCUUCGCAUUUCAAGGUUCAACCGAAGUUCAACCAGACAGUCCACGUGGCCGAGUUUGAUCCCUCUUCCCAGAUUUGGCUCGUUAGGACCCAAGACUCUCUCUACCUUUCCCCUUGGCUCAUUGUAGCUACCGGAGAAAAUGCCGAACCUAUGAUUCCCAAGAUUCUCGGCAUCGACAAGUUUCAUGGUGCUGUUGUUCAUACUAGCGCGUAUAAAUCUGGUGACGCUUAUAAGAACAAGAAGGUUUUGGUUAUUGGUUGUGGAAAUUCUGGCAUGGAAGUUAGCUUGGAUCUUUGUAGACACAAUGCUAAGCCUUACAUGGUUGCAAGAAAUACGGUACAUGUUCUCCCUAGGGAGAUUUUGGGAAUAUCAUCAUUUGGAAUAGCAAUGGCACUAUACAAAUGGUUUCCACUAAAAAUAGUAGACAAGUUUCUGUUGUUGGUGGCAAACAUGAUGUUGGGAAACACAAGUCAUUAUGGCAUAAGAAGGCCCAAAACAGGUCCAAUUGAACUUAAACUUGCCACAGGAAAAACCCCUGUUCUUGAUGUUGGUCAAGUAGCACAAAUCAAAUCCGGUAACAUUAAGGUGAUGGAAGGUGUGAAGGAGAUAACAAGAAAUGGUGCCAAAUUUGUGGAUGGACAAGAAAAGGAAUUCGAUGCUAUAAUAUUGGCAACGGGAUACAAGAGCAACGUGCCUACUUGGCUCAAGACAAGAAGGGGCCUUUCUGGAACUUCCUCAGAUGCAGUCAAGAUUGCUAAUGACAUUGCUGAUCAAUGGAAAACCCUUAAAAAGGACAACAACAACAAUUCACAUAUCAUCCAACUCAACAAUUCCUAGAUCUUAGCUUAUAAUAAUAAUAAUUAUAACCCCACCCACAAUAACAUCUCCAACUUUUCUAUUUGUA